CGCUCAUGCCUGCUGGUGUCUGACUCCGUGAGGAUGGACGGUGUGUCGUUGGGUCUGGUGGCCACACCGGCCUCACCACGUCCGAACUGCACCACGGAUUCAGAGGAGGACACGGUGAAUGGAGGGAUGCACACCUUCAACCAGACGCACAUGAGGAAGGCUUUCCAGCUCAUGAACGACCUGAGGAGUAAAAAGAUGCUGUGUGACGUCCAGCUGGUGGCGGGGAGCGUCGAAGUGCCAGCUCACAGGGUGGUCCUGGCAUCCUGUAGCCCCUACUUCUGUGCCAUGUUCACAGGUGACAUGAGUGAGAGCAAAGCCCAUCAGGUGGAGAUCAGGGAGGUGGAUGGACAGACCCUGAGAAAGCUGGUGGACUACAUCUACACAGCUGAGAUCGAGGUCACAGAGGACAACGUGCAGGUUCUGCUGCCAGCAGCCUCGCUCCUCCAGCUGAUGGAUGUUCGUCAGGUCUGUUGCGAGUUCCUGCAGUCUCAGCUUCACCCCACCAACUGUUUGGGCAUCAGAGCGUUUGCUGACCUGCACACAUGCACGCAGCUUCUCAACCAAUCCCACGCGUACGCCGAGCAGCAUUUCACUGAGGUGGUGCAGGGAGAGGAGUUUCUAGGCCUUUCUCUGCAGCAGGUAUGCAGCCUCAUCUCCAGUGACAAACUCACCGUUUCCACAGAGGAGAAGGUGUUUGAGGCUAUGAUAGCUUGGAUCAAGCACGAUAAACCAGCUCGUCUGGAGUACAUGCCCAAACUGAUGGAGCAUGUCAGACUUCCACUACUGUCCAGGGAUUACCUGGUGCAGAUUGUCGAGGAAGAGGCUUUGAUAAAGAACAACAACACCUGCAAAGAUUUUCUCAUAGAAGCAAUGAAGUAUCACCUGCUUCCAGCUGAGCAGCGGCACCUCAUCAAGACAGACAGGACCCGACCACGAACUCCCAUCAGCAUCCCAAAAGUGAUGAUUGUGGUGGGCGGUCAGGCUCCUAAGGCGAUCCGCAGCGUGGAGUGUUACGACUUCCAGGAGGAUCGAUGGUACCAAGUAGCCGACCUUCCUUCAAGACGCUGCCGGGCAGGUGUGGUUUCCAUGGCAGGGCGUGUGUAUGCAGUCGGGGGCUUCAACAGCUCACUGCGGGAGCGAACAGUGGACGUGUACGACGGAGGGAGGGACCAGUGGAGCGCGGUGGCGAGCAUGCAGGAGAGACGCAGUACACUGGGAGCUGCUGUGUUGGCAGAUUUGCUUUACGCUGUGGGGGGCUUUAACGGAAGUAUAGGGUUGUCCACAGUAGAAGCCUUCAGUUAUAAAAGCAAUGAGUGGAUGUAUGUAGCCUCCAUGAACACGCGACGCAGCAGUGUGGGCGUCGGGGUGGUCGACGGUAAGUUGUAUGCUGUAGGAGGCUAUGAUGGAGCAUCUCGCCAGUGUCUCAGUACGGUGGAAGAGUACGACCCCGUCAGUGAUCAGUGGUGCUACGUGGCUGACAUGAGCACACGGCGCAGUGGAGCAGGUGUGGGUGUGUUGGGUGGUCAGCUGUAUGCAGCAGGAGGACAUGACGGUCCUCUGGUGAGGAAGAGCGUUGAGGUGUACGACCCACAGACCAACACCUGGAGGCUGGUCUGUGACAUGAACAUGUGCCGACGAAACGCAGGUGUCUGUGCCAUUAAUGGGCUGCUGUACGUGAUUGGCGGGGACGACGGGUCCUGUAACCUCUCCUCCGUAGAGUUUUACAACCCAGCCACAGACAAGUGGAGCCUCAUUCCCACCAACAUGAGCAAUGGACGCAGCUAUGCUGGAGUCGCAGUGAUUGACAAGCCAUUAUGACUAGAAGCCUCCCACAGCAUCAGCUCUGCGUCAGCAGCCGGUUUCACGGAGACUCUCACUGACGUCUGAAGCUCACCAGGAAAACGGAGACGUAACGCCUGAGAUAAAACACUGUCCAAAUGGACGGGACGCCCUCAGCCCUCAGCUGACUUAACAAUCAAGGAUGCAUCUGAGGAGUUUUUUGGCGGUAAACCACAGCCUGAUUUUGUUGCUCUGUCCAAGCAAUUUCCUUUAGUGAGAUCCUGACUUUAAGGAGACUGUUGCACUGGAAAAGAAACAAUAGUCACAGAAUAGAGGGUUUAUAAGAACUUUGUCUUGGUGAGUUUUUUUCAAAUGCCAAGCACAUAAGUGGCUGUAUCAGCUGACAUAAGACUCACUCAGACACUCAUGCAGGAAAGACUUGGACUCUUGGAAAGAACUGACCCAGGUGGGCCAAACGGAGCAGAGUGCUUUAGAAGCUCUGUGGUGUAGCGGCAGCGUUCGUGUGAUGGACUAAAUCAAACCUGGGAGGUUUUAUUUUUUAUUAUGAGACUUGCCACAGAAUAUAAAUCAGCUCAUGGCAACUUACUGCUCAGCUUGAUUUUAAGUGAUGAACCAGGUCGUUUGAUCGCCAUCGGCAGGUCCAGACAGCUGCAGCGUAACGGAGGUGUCGCGUGGAGUGUAUUUGUUCUCAGCACGGAGGCCCGGACCUCGAGAGCCGCAAGAUAAUUUAAAGAAUGUAGAAAACAUCUUAUAUGCAAAUCAGCUAUCAUAUUUAAUAUUUUUGAGAUUGUUUUUAAAGAGGUUAAAAAUCCACUGCUGUGGCUUAAGACCCAGUCAGUUCGACACAGAAGGACCUGACUCGGCUGUCGACACACUACUGAUGCACUGAUCACUUGCACUGACUGAUGCAGACCGGCAGGGUGGCCGUCUGACUCGCUGAUUGGCCGGCCCGGAUGUCUGCCCAUCUUUCUGACCGACCAGCUGGAUCGCUGACCUGCUGUCAGACAGACUGCCGCUCAGCUGUCCGUCUCUGUUACUGAUCGUACUCGUGGGAGCAUUUUAACGCACCGCUUAGAGGCCAAUAAUUUCAUCCGAAAUUGUAAAAAAAAAACAGUGCCAGCUCAGAUGAUCAGAAUAAUGCUGGAGUCACAUGGUGUUUUUAUCUCUUAGUGACAAGUUGAAAUGAUGAAUUGUUUCUGUUCAUUGUCAAAGGGAGUGUGUCAAAAUGCACUGUAGAAACUGAACUGUUAAAUUCUCAUGUAAAGAAGCAGGUUCAAGAUUUUCUAUUUAUUAUUUGGGACGAUUGAUCGCACAGCAUUUAUUCAUAUCAACGUGAGGUUCUCAUCUCUUUUCUCAGCCUUGUGUUACACUUGUGCUCUGCUCACAUUCAUUCAGAUGAUGGUGGGUGUAUUUUAGGUGUAGUUAUUCAGUUGCCUGACUGGUGCCAUAGCUUUGACGAAAAGAGAUUCAGAGAAGCUGUUGAACGAAAGGUCUCCUCAGCCAGCCUUUCACUUCUGCCUGCAGUCGUCCAAAAAUCAUGGAGUAACUGGAUGCGAUUAGCUGUCGUGGCAGAAAAGCGUACAAGAUACUUCAAAGACCACACUGUUGUUUUUGUAUGACAUUAGUCCCAUUCAUUCAGAUUGAUUCAUGUGUUUCUCGUGUCUUCCAGGAAGUUGGUUUCAGCUCAUAUGAUUACGACAUAAAACUCAAAUUGGAGUGACUUGAAACGAGUGAUCACUGUGAGGGAGUCUCCGGGCAUGGACUCGAAGCUCAAACUGCUGCCUCUACAGACAGGACAGCUGAGUCAGAAUCUGAAGCACACAGUUAUAGCAACAGCAGCAUUACGCCACGCUUCACGAUGAAGACACGCUUCAUGUUGAAACAUUAGCGCGUGCCCCAAAUUCCUAGAGCAAAACCCCAGAUGCUGCUUUAAAUGUUUUGACAGUUAUCGUGGCGCAGUAAUGCAGGUAAAUGGCACGGGCUGUGUGGUGCGUUCAUGUGUCUGCAAGUCCGAAGUGCAUACUGCUAAAAUUGCAGAGUCCACCUGAGCACAGCCGGCGUUGCAGCACGAGCAGGCACAAAAUCUAAAUCCAAAAGACAAACAACAGCAAACAUGGAGUGAUUCCUACCAAAUUUGGCAGCAACACAAGUCCUGUGCUGUUCUUUGAAACCACUUCUGCAUUCUUUCAUUCACUUUUUACAUUAUGGACACUCAAUACUUUCUCUGGUAAAGAAAAAGUUGUGGACACUAAAGCCUCAUCUGCAUUUUCUCUCACUGUUGACGAUGUAGCGUUGAGUCAAAGGUGAAACAUGGGGUUUUUUUUUAUAGCAAAAAAAAAUUAGCAUACACAUCACCAACACUGCUUUCUCAUUCCAUUGUGGUGAUUUUGGAGGGCACUGCAUGGAGCAUAAAUUGCACACUGAGAAUUCAACACUUAAACGAAAUGACUGAAGGUAAAUAAAUGCACUAAGUAGCAAAUAAGGGGUGAUUUCAAGCACAGCUGUGGGUGUUGAAGCCUCCGAUCAGCAUCUGAACCUACCAGAGGGAAAGCUGCUUUUCUAAAAAAAAAUCUAUAAUGUCUUAGCUGCAUUACUGCUCCUUUAAAAUAAGAACUACUCAGUUCACUUGCACGGGUCAUCUAUCUGAAUCAAGGUCAAGUCUCUUGUUAGCUGAUGUCCACAUUGUUUUGAGUAAAACGGAAACCAAUGACUGCCUGGAUUGUAGGAAAAAUGCAUUUUCAGUCUAAACACAGUUAUACUGACAAUUAUCAGUACGUUUUAAAUAAAUGCAGUUUGAUGUUUGGGCUACAACAUCCAAAAAUCACAUCAGUACAUUUGAGGUUCAAAGUUCAUUCUUGAUCUUGGCAACAGGAACAGUGUCACCUCGAGGUCCAUUUAGUCGCUGUGCUGGAGCUUUUGACCAUAUUACAUGGCCCUCAUUAGUAGCUUGAGUUUGCUGGAUUGUGAUGGAUCAGCUGAUGAUUCUGAAGGACGUUUCAUCCACGUUGACUUAAAAGUUGAAUUCUGAACCCCAGCUGUUGAAGACUUGGUCGAAAGCUCCAGAAGACCCACUAAAUGGACCUUGAAGUGCGAUUUUGUCAAGAGGUAUGGUCCUUGAGGUUUUCAGAUGAAUAAUGUUCUUACAAAGCGCAGAUGUUAUAUUUUUAAUAUCAGAAACUGUGGGUGUGUGAACUUGACAGUUAAUAUUGUGAGUAUUGACGUGUGUGUGGGAAAUCGUGGUUUGUGAAGUUGAAGCUUGUGCACUGUACUUACAGGUGAUAUGUAAACCUUCAGACUUGAAAUAUUAACACGAAUACUAAGCAGGCUUACUUUGCAAAAAAAAACCGCUCUAAACCGACUUGUGCUGCUUUGUCUGAAAUUGUAAAAAUAUGCAUUUAGGAUGUUUUAUAUGAAAUGAACUUCCUGUUUCUCUCGCACAAAAGCUGACUUUGUGUUGAAAGGACAGAAUGACAUUGAAAACCGGGAGUUGGAUUUGAUUUUGACUCUCAGCUGAACAGGAGUUUAAUGUGUCGUCUGUUCAUUGUGAACCAGCUGCACAGCAGGGCCUUUGUGCGGAUGUAAACAGAAGCAGUACGUUGACACAGAUGGUUUACGUCGGCCUCCAGUGUCACGUUUUGGCAUCUCUGAUACACUUUUAUGAAACACUUAAGAAAAUGUUUGUUUGGAAAAUAUCAGUUAACAGUAGAGGAGUUUCAUUACACAAACUAGAAUCCACUGUUAUGUGAAAGUACACCUGAUUUGCCAGGUUAAUGCUAGCACAAAAUACAAUAAAAAUCAUGGUGAUAUAUGUUAACUGUGAAUCCAAUAUGCACAACAAUAUUAUAAAUUAGCAGUGUUGGAAAGUAAAAUACAUUUUACUUAAGUAAAAGUUUGAGCUACUUGAGUAUUUCCAUUUUCUGCUACUUUAUGCUUCUACUCCUCUACAUUUCACAGGGGAAUGUUGAAUAAUAUACUUUUUACUCGACUACAUUUAUUUGACAACUGUACUUACUUGGCAGAUUCACAUUAAUUUGACACAAAAUAUAACAUACAAAUAAAUGAUGAUGUCUUCUCAUAGGUUAAGAUAAAAAUUUUAUUGAACCCAGGGGUAAAUCCAGCUCUAUGUAAACUCAUUAAAAUUAGCUCCACCUUUACCAGCCGCAAUGUUAAAGCACACAUUAAUGCAUUGAUAAUUAUAAUACAGCAAUAAUAUAUCCGCUGUUCUUACAUGGGUCAUUUUGCAUAAUGAAUACUUAUGUAUUAUACGUAUAUUUUGAUGCUUGUACUUUUACUUGCAGCACUGUGGUAUUGCUACUUUUAUGUAAAAGAUGUGACUACUUCUUCCGCCACUGGAAAUCAUAAAUAUUGAAUUUUUAUUAUUGUAAUCAUUAGCUUUGGGUGAUGAUCAAUGCCUGUCUAGUAAGCCCAAUGCAUCAUAUCAUCAGUUUUGCAGCUGGGUGGAGGGAGUUUCAGUGGUCUCUAUAAACAAUGUCGUCAACAGUGGUGAUGAUUUUUUAAUUCAGACUUUUCCUUCAGAUUUAACACAUUUAACACAACAUUCAGCAGCACUGAGUAAGGAAGGAGACCCCGAGUCAGAUCUAUUCAUUGUAUAGGUGGUCUAUUCAGUUUGCAAAUGUCAUCGCGAUUUGUUUCAUCAGAUAUAAAAAUAUUUAAUAGGCUGAA